UGACUCCAAAGCCCCGGAUGUUUCUUCAUUCAUUCCAUAUAUAAGGGAGUGAAGGCGGGAUCGCAGUAGUUUGAAAUUAGACCGUACUGUGUGUUUUUAUUCCUUUUGUGUUGUAAAGUGAAGCUUAUUAAAAACGCAAUGGCUGGCGGAAAAGCUGGGAAGGACUCUGGAAAGACCAAGACAAAGUCGGUUUCCCGCUCUCAGAGAGCAGGUUUGCAGUUUCCAGUGGGUCGUAUUCACAGGCAUCUGAAAUCAAGGACUACAAGCCACGGUCGCGUAGGCGCUACAGCGGCCGUCUACAGUGCGGCCAUCCUGGAGUAUCUCACUGCCGAGGUUUUGGAAUUGGCAGGAAAUGCAUCUAAAGAUUUGAAAGUGAAGCGUAUCACUCCUCGCCACUUGCAGCUUGCCAUUCGAGGAGAUGAGGAGUUGGACUCGCUUAUCAAGGCAACAAUUGCUGGUGGUGGUGUCAUUCCUCACAUCCACAAAUCACUGAUUGGCAAAAAGGGACAACAGAAGACAGUGUAAAGAACAAACUGGUUUUAUUGGCCAGGCUGUCUCUGGAUGCUGAACUUGUUAUAAAUUUGUUCAAAAGGCUGUUCUAAAAAUGGGUGGAAGAAUUAUUGUGCUUUGUAAUAGAAAUUAGUUUUUUUAAAUUGUGUUGAGCUGUACAGCUACUCAUUUCUGGGGGUAUAUAAAUAAGCGUGGCUUCAAAGAAGCUUGAUUUAAACUGUGGUAGAUUAUGGUAUGUUUGUUCUGUGUACAUUAUUGAACACUCAAUACCUGCUUGAAAGUUAACUGAUUCAGAUCCAUGUUUUUGUUCUAAUUUGUAUCCUGGACAAAAGCUCAAUAAAUGUUUUAAACAGUG